AUGGCCACAAUACCAUAUUUGACACUCCCUCAUUCGGGUCACCAAAUCCCACAGGUGGGAUUUGGCUUGUGGAAGGUAGCCCCGGAAGAAGCCGCGAACUUGGUUUAUGAGGCAAUCAAGAGUGGUUAUAGACUGUUUGACGGCGCAUAUGACUAUGGUAACGAAAAGGAAGCCGGGGAAGGAAUCAGGCGUGCUAUCAGUGAGGGUAUUGUAAAGAGGGAGGACAUAUUUAUAACCACUAAACUAUGGAACAGCUGUCAUGAAAAGGAAAGAGCCAUCAAAACUGGCACUGAGCAGGUAGAGGAAUGGGGCCUUGGAUACAUCGAUCUUUAUUUGAUCCAUUUCCCCAUCGCCAUCGCAUUCAAUCCGAAACACACGAGAGGUUGGUACUACGAUGGUGAAGGUGAGGUUCGCCUAGAGAGAACGUCAAUUCGAGAAACUUGGGAAGCGCUUGAAGAGUUGCAUGAUAAGGGACUUGUAAAGGAUAUCGGAAUUUCCAACUUCAAUUCUCAGGCAAUUUUCGAUAUUUUCACGUAUGCAAGAGUCCUGCCGUCAAUGCUGCAGAUCGAGCAUCAUCCUUACCUUGUCCAGAAAAACUUGGUCGAUUUCUGCAAGGACCAGAAUAUGCUUGUGACUGCGUACAGUUCGUUUGGUCCACAAUCCUUCCUCGAACUUCCAGCUUCGUUUCCUACCAAAGCCGCACAGACUCCGAGACUUUUUGAUCAAGAUCUGAUCAAAUCUAUUGCGGCCAAGUACGGGAAGACUCCGGGGCAAGUUCUCCUCCGUUGGGCAACUCAACGAGGUCUUUGCGUCAUUCCAAAGAGUAAUCAUAAGGACAGGAUGUUGCAGAAUUUGGAUGUGAUUGGGUUCGACAUGACACCGGAUGAACUGGAGUUGAUUGCUUCCCUCGAUAUAGGACUUCACUUUAACGAUCCGGGAACCUAUCUACCAGGCAGACCGCUACGGUUGUUCACAUAA